AUAAAAUAAAAUUAAAUAAAAAUAAAAACGCAUCUGAUAAGUGAUAGCCCCUCUUUCCGUCUCUCACCCCGGCGACUGAAAACUGCACCGAUCUCACCUUCCCCCACCGGAUUUUCUUCUCUAUUAAUCACCACUGUCACUUAGGGUUUUACUAAUCUCAUCCAAUCAACUAUUAAAGCCAUUGAUUUGAUCGAAUUCAGUGGAAUCUGUAAGUUCGCACGUCUAACAUAAUCCAGUCAACCACGAGUGCCAUGACGACAGUUGGGUUGCUGCAUAUUCUGGUAAAUGGCAAGUGAAAGGUAUGAGAAUCUUGGAGCAUAGAAAAGGACUUAUUGAUUCAUGGAGAAUUUAGCGACAAUGGUUGGCUCAAAAGGGUUAGUUAAAAGGGAUGAGUUCGUAAGGAUUCUUAUCCAGUGUCUUUAUUCUUUAGGUUAUGAGAAAUCUGCAGGUUGUUUGGAAUCAGAAUCUGGUAUUUCAUACAAAUCGGCGGAAUUUAAGUUGCUUGAAUCUUCAAUAAUUGGUGCUGAUUGGGAGGGCUGUAUUGAUAGCCUUUAUGGGAUCAAGAACAUGACAGAUGAACAAAGAGACACAGCUUUGUUUCUUGUUUCCCAACAGUGUUUGUUGGAGUGUUUGGGCCGAGGGGAUGAUUCUUUAGCUUUGUCCCUUUUGCGUAAACAAAUCUCCAAAUUGCAAGUGGGAAGAGAGAAAGUUCACAAGCUUGCUUUUAGUUUGUUUUCACUUGGGGAGCUUGGUUUAGAUAAAGUCCAUGAUGAUUGUGAUGUUUUUCAAGAACUGAGAAGGAAUCUAGUAAAUGAAUUGGAGAAAUUGCUUCCACCACCAAUCACUGUACCUGAUAGAAGAUUGGAACAUCUGGUUGAAAGGGUGGUUGGUUCCCAAAUUGAUUCAUGCAUCUACCACAAUUCUCUGGAUCCAGUAUCAAUCUAUAAGGAUCACUCUUGUGGUAGGGAUCAGAUCCCUACAGAAACCAUUCAGAUUUUGUCUGACCACAAGAAUGAAGUUUGGUUUGUUCAGUUCUCUAACAAUGGGGAUUAUUUAGCAUCUUCAUCAAGUGAUUGUACAGCAAUUAUAUGGAAGAUACAAGAAGAUGGGAAGUUAGUUUUGAAACAUAGAUUAUCCAGUCAUCAAAACCCGGUUUCUUUUGUAAUCUGGAGCCCCGAUGACACAAUGGUGUUGACAUGUGGGAACUCAGAAGUCCUUAGGCUUUGGGAUGUGGAAACAGGUACAUGUAAGCACACAUUUGGUGAUAACAGCUUCCUUGUUAGCUCGUGUGCUUGGUUUCCAGACUCAAAGAGACUCGUGUGUGGGAGUUCAGACCCUAAAAAAGGCAUCUGCAUGUGGGAUUGUGAAGGCAAUGAGAUUAAAGCAUGGAGAGGAACACGGAUGCCAAAGGUGUUAGAUAUUGCUGUUACUCCAAAUGGUGAAUAUCUGAUUACUAUUUUUUCAGAUAAAGAUAUUCGGAUACUAAACGUGGCUACAAAUGCUGAAAGAGUUAUCUCUGAAGAACAUCCGAUUACAUCUCUUUCGGUUUCUGGUGACAGCAAGCAUUUGAUUGUUAAUCUUAAUAGCCAAGAGAUUCAUAUGUGGGAUGUUGAAGGGUUAUGGGAAAAGCCUUUGAGAUAUAAGGGCCACAGGCAACAUAAAUAUGUCAUUCGUUCUUGCUUUGGUGGGGUCAAUAGCACCUUUAUUGCCAGUGGCAGCGAAAAUUCACAGGUGUAUAUCUGGAAUCGAAGUGGUUCUGAUCCAAUUGAGGUGCUUUCUGGUCAUUCAAUGACUGUAAACUGUGUGAGCUGGAAUCCUAGGAGACAUCAAAUGCUAGCAUCAGCUAGUGAUGAUCAAACCAUUCGCAUAUGGGGACCAAAUCCAUCACAAAAGAUGCAUCUGAAGGGGCUCAUAUGAAAUAUGUAAUCAUAACUUGUAAUUAUUAUCAAGUCACAACAUCUUUUUCUUUUCUGAAUGUGUUUUUUGACUUAUUUUGGUUCUUGUGUUCUUCAUGUAAAAUAGUCAUUUUUGCUACCUGUUUGUUUCUUGCUUGCUGUAUCUUCUAUACGUUUUGUAGUUAGACAUUAAUUUGGAAUUUCUGGUUUUUGUGUUCACAGAACCAAAACCGAUAUUUGAAUUUA